AUGUCCGGGAAAAAGCGGAGAAUUGACGAUGUCGACAACAGCGACAAUGGCAACCGGAAAAAACAAGCACGAGAUUCAAAUAUAGGCAGUGGAGCGAACAGCGGACAGUCCUCUUCAGCGUUGACCGCUGAAGCUGUUGCCAAAGCUCCGAACAUGACAGCUGUCGUUCCUAGCCAGACCGUGAGUGGUGAAGCCCUUAGUACCAAAACCGCUCCCGCAGAAGCUGAGCAAAGCAGAGACAAAGGGAAACAGCGGCUAGAACAAGUGGAGGAAGCUAAAGAAGCCGCAAAAGAGGCAGCAGGGGGAAUCUCGGUCAACAACAAAGAGUCCACUGCAGGACCUUCGACUGAACCAAGCAAACAGGCCCGGGUGAAAAAGCAGCGUCGCAAAAAGACCGACCCAGUGCCAGACCCCGUGGAGACGGCUCUUAGCAGGAUUGAGAAGAAUCCUCCCAAACGUACCGACAGAGCCUGUGACAAUUGCAGAAUGAGUACGCAAACGGAUACCAUUCAGAAGUUGAAGUGCGACAACCAGCCCAAUGGCUGCGCACAAUGUGUGAAAAAGGGUAUGCCCUGCACAUUGACUUUCGCAACCCAGAAGACCUAUGUUCGGGGAGCUCCCCAGGAGACUGGACAGGCUAGAGAUGGGUUGAACCUUGAGGUUGAAAGGCUCCGCGCAGAUGUCGACUUUCUUCUGCAAGAUGUCCACUUGCUCCGGCGAAAUGUCCAGCAGCUACAACUGGAGAAUAUGCAAUUACGUAAUGUGCUGGCUGGCCUUCAGACAUCCUUUCCUAACCGGAAUCAAUUUCCUCGGAAUCCUCCACCGGCUGGGCAAGGGCCUCCCCAAGCCCCCUACGAUGUGCAUGCUCAAGCCCAAGCGGCAGGGCAAGGAGCUGGCCGCAUGCCACUUCCUGCAAACCUUCCUCCGGCUGAACAGGGAACACUCUAUCCCACAAUUUCCCCAGACCCUUCUCUGGCAGGGCAAGGAGCUGGCCAAAUGCCGCUUCCUGCAAACCUUCCUCCGGUAGGACAGGGAACACUUUAUCCCACAUUUCCCCCAGACCCUCCUCUGGCAGGGCAAGGAGCUGGCCAAAUGCCGCUUCCUGCAAACCUUCCUCCGGCUGAACAGGGAACACUCUAUCCCACAUUUCCCCCAGACCCUUUUCCGGCAGGACAGGGAGGAGGCAAUCCCGCACCUCCUCCAGACUUUCGCCUGGUGGGACCAGGCCCUCUCAACUUUCCACCUGGUCCGAACCUUCCUCCAGUAAUACAAGAACCUGCCAAUUUCCUACCUGCCCCAAGAACCCCUUCGCCGGAGCAAGGCUCUUCCUCCGAUCAAUCCAGCGGUAGUAGUCCUUACCGGACAUCUUCUGAGGCGAGUGCAGACAAUGAUAACACCAACUACAGUGCUACUAACAAUGAUCCAGCUUUCGCUAACCCGGUUUUUCCCCCAAUGACCGAGCAGGGUGGUGGCCAACCAGCACUGGAAGCACAGCAACCUGGUUACCAGGACACUAUGGCCGAUGACACUGCGAUGGUUCUCGAUGAUAAUGAUCUUGAAGAGUUUGUAGCUCAACCAGCUAACCCGAACGACUUCUAUGACUUCAUCAACGCCAUCGGUGGUGACGACGGUGACAACGGUGACAAUGGUGACAAUGGUAACAAUGGUUGGGAUCCCAUAGACACGUUAAUGCUACCUGCUGACAGAAAUCGUCUCGCGGCCUUCACCAAUCAGCCGUCCUAUCCCAGUGCUGCCAAUACUGCGGGCCCAGCGACAGACCCCUUUACAAUUGACCCUGCACAACUUACCUCGCAACCAGGUGAUUACCCGCAGGUUGGACGUCCAACUACAACACUGGCAAUGGCAGAUGUUCCAUGGGAUUCACAAAAUGGGAGAGACAAUGACGGUCCUCAGCAGAACUAA